AUGUAUGUGAAAUCGGUUGAAACAGCAAUGUUUUACUAUGAAAAAUGUGUUUUGAAAAAAAAUGAAAUUUUUUAAAAUUUUCAAAUUUCCCGUAGCCGGCGGCGGCGGCGCCCGUACGUCCCGACGUCACAGGGACCGGAACACAGAAGCCGGAUGCCGGCAUCGGCCGGAGGAGAUGGCCGGGGACGCUGCAGGGGACACAUCGCGGGAGCGAAGGACAAGGUAAGCUCUGCAGGGACUCCCUAUGCAGCGCCGCAUGGUAAGCCCGAGUGUAGCUCGGGGUUACCGCUUUUGGUACUGACAUUUUACCCCGAGCUACACUCGGGAAUACCGCUAGGGAGGUUAAGUAAAUGUUUUAAAAAG